GGCGGUGGUCGGUGAGGGAGGAGGGAGGGGAGCUCGCGGGCUGGAGAGGGGGCGACGGCUGUGGCGGUGGCCUGAGGAGGCCCGAGCGGAGGCGGCGGCGGCCGAGGCGGAGCCUGGAGAGGCGUGGCUGGACCAAGACCUCCCCCGAUGUGAGCAGGUUUCGUCCUCUGCCCACCACUUGUUGCCACCACGCCAGGGACCAUCCUCAAGCCCUGGCCUUCAGGGAAGAGGUAACAGGAGCCCAGAGCCGAGACCAUGUGACGGCGCUGGCCCUUGCCACCGCCGUCCCCCCCACCCUGGCCCCAGGCCUGGCACCAUGAUGUUCCGAGACCAGGUGGGCAUCCUCGCUGGCUGGUUCAAGGGCUGGAAUGAGUGUGAGCAGACAGUGGCCCUGUUGUCGCUUCUGAAGCGGGUCACCCGCACCCAGGCCCGCUUCCUGCAGCUCUGCCUGGAGCACUCCCUGGCGGACUGCAAUGACAUCCACCUGCUGGAGUCAGAGGCCAACAGUGCUGCCAUCGUCAGCCAGUGGCAGCAGGAAUCCAAAGAGAAGGUGGUGUCUCUCCUGCUCUCCCACCUGCCCCUGCUUCAGCCACGCAACACGGAGGCCAAGUCAGAGUACAUGAGGCUGCUGCAGAAAGUGCUGGCCUACUCGAUCGAGAGCAAUGCCUUCAUCGAGGAGAGCCGCCAGUUGCUCUCCUAUGCCCUUAUCCACCCAGCCACCACGCUGGAGGACCGCAACUCCCUGGCCCUUUGGCUGAGCCACCUGGAAGAGCGGCUGGCUACUGGCUUCCGCACCCGGCCUGAGCCCACUUACCACUCACGCCAGGGCUCAGAUGAGUGGGGUGGGCCUGCAGAGCUGGGCCCUGGGGAGGCAGGGCCAGGCUGGCAAGACAAGCCGCCCCGAGAAAAUGGACACGUGCCCUUCCAUCCACCCAGCUCGGUGCCGCCAGUCAUCAACAGUAUUGGGAGCAAUGCGAAUGCAGGUCUCCCCUGCCAAAUUCACCCCAGCCCGCUGAAGCGCUCUAUGUCUCUCAUUCCCACAAGUCCCCAGGCCCCUGGUGAGUGGCCAAGUCCAGAAGAGCUGGGGGCCCGGGCUGCUUUCACUACGCCCGACCACGCACCCCUCUCACCCCAGAGCAGCGUGGCCUCCUCUGGUAGUGAACAGACGGAGGAGCAGGGCUCCAGCCGGAACACUUUCCAAGAGGAUGGCAGUGGCAUGAAAGAUGUGCCCUCAUGGCUCAAGAGCCUCCGCUUGCACAAGUACGCAGCCCUUUUCUCACAGAUGAGCUACGAGGAGAUGAUGACACUGACUGAGCAGCACCUGGAGUCUCAGAAUGUCACCAAAGGUGCCCGCCACAAGAUAGCUCUGAGCAUCCAGAAGCUGCGUGAGAGGCAGAGCGUCCUCAAGUCCCUGGAGAAGGACGUGCUGGAAGGAGGAAACCUGAGAAACGCUCUGCAGGAGCUGCAGCAGAUCAUCAUCACCCCCAUCAAGGCCUACAGUGUCCUCCAGGCCACUGUGACCACUACCACCACCUCCGCAACCCCUACUUCCAAGGACGGGGGUCGCGGGGAGCCACUGCUGCCUGGUGCUGAGCCUCCCCUGGCUAAUCCUAGCAUGGACAAGGGCACUGAGGCCAAGGACCCUCCAGCUGCAGAGAGCUACCCCCCUCCACCAGCUCCAGUUCCCACUGAUGGCAGUGAGCCAGCCCCGGCUCCCGUCGCCGACGGAGACAUCCCCAGCCAGUUUACACGGGUGAUGGGCAAAGUGUGCACCCAGCUGCUGGUGUCCCGACCAGACGAGGAGAACAUCACCAGUUACCUCCAGCUCAUCGAAAAGUGCCUAACUCAUGAGGCUUUCACGGAGACGCAGAAGAAACGUCUGCUGUCCUGGAAACAGCAAGUGCUGAAGCUCCUCCGGACCUUCCCUCGCAAAGCUGCACUAGAGAUGCAGAACUACCGGCAGCAGAAAGGCUGGGCGUUUGGCUCCAACUCACUCCCCAUAGCUGGCUCUGUGGGGAUGGGGGUGGCCAGGCGGACCCAGCGGCAGUUCCCAAUGCCUCCCCGGGCCCUCCCGCCCAGCAGAAUGGGCCUUCUGAGCCCCUCGGGUAUUGGAGGCAUCUCCCCCAGGCACGCCCUUACCAGCCCCAGCCUUGGACAGGGCCGACAGAACCUUUGGUUUGCCAACCCUGGAGGCAGCAACAGCAUGCCCAGCCAGAGCCGCAGCUCUGUGCAGCGUACUCACUCGCUCCCAGUCCACUCGUCGCCCCAGGCCAUUCUCAUGUUUCCUCCAGACUGUCCGGUCCCUGGGCCUGAUCUGGAGAUCAAUCCCACUCUGGAGUCUCUGUGUCUGAGCAUGACAGAACACGCCUUGGGUGAUGGGACAGACAAAACCUCCACCAUCUGACAGGACCCACAGCCCAGCGCACUCAUAGGCUCCCCGGGCGGCGGGCGGGGGCCAACCCCCAACGGGCUUCUCUUCGACAGCGAGAGAGGGUGGGCUGGCUCAGCUAUACAUUCUAAUAUUUUUCUACUCUCUUAUCCUUUUAAUUUUUGUUUAACAUUGGCACAUGCCUUGCUCACUCCCAGGCCCAUCGAGGGAUCUCUGCUGAGGCCAGGAUGAGGAUGGGAGUAGGGGGCAGCCAGAGUAGAGAGGGCAGGAACUGGCCAGCCUGCCUGCCCCUCCUUCCGUCCCUCAUCUCCCACCUGGCCCCAUCCCACCUCUGCCUCCUCCAGACCACUCACAACCUGCCCCUCCUGAGGGAGCAGCUUCCCCCAGGGACUCACCCACUAUCUUGUGGGGCCUGCUCAGAACCAUCUGGCAUUUGGGGAGAGAAGUGGGGUAGAUAACCUGCUCUCCUGAAUGUUAUUUUGAGAGGCGCUAAUUAAGGAGAAGGCUGGUGAGGAGAGGAACCACUGUCCUCGCCACCUUCUUCUCCUUCCCCCUUCCCAUCAUUCUCCCAGGACAGGAGCCACCGUCUUCUCACUCACCUCCUUUUGCCCUGUUUAUCAGAGGUUCUCUACAAUUAAUUUCUUAGACCUAUUUAAGAUACAUAUUUAUAUAGUUCUUAACGGUUUUUCUCUGAUCAUUCCCUCUCAUAUUUAGAAUCCCCAGGCCUCUCUCUGAGCCAAGAAAGUGGCAGGGGGAACCUGAAUUUUAUGAGGGGAGAGGGCAGAGCCCCCUCCUCCAGACUCCCUAGCCCUUCCCCACUCCCCCGCCCAAUCCCAGCCCUGGCUCCCCAGAUGCAGAGGUUGAAGUUGGGGGCUAGGACAGCCAAGUGAGGUCAGGAAGUCUGUUGCCUUAACAUCCCCUUCCCCCACCAACAUAUACUCUUCUCCACUCCCGGGUCUGGUUGCUGAAAGAUUCGGGGAUAAGGAAUAAGGGAAGGGGAUUGUUUGGUUUUUGGUUUCUUUCCCCACCUCCUUUUCUUUCAACCUCCCCCCACUCCCUUUCAUGUCCUCAUCAAGUGGAACACUAUAGCAUAUCCCAGAGAUUCAUCCAGCCCUGAGUCAUACAGAUCCUCUGGUCCCUGUUCCUACUAUGGGGUUGUACUGGGGCCCAGGUGGAGGGAAGGGGAUUUGGGGAUUCAGGUUGUGGGAGCCAGGGUCCCCUAUUCCAACCCCUUCUACCCCCUCAACACCCCCACACUGGGACAUUAUCAAGCUUUUCACACCGAAAAGGGAAAAAAUGUUAUUUUUAGAUACAUUUUAUGAAUAACUUUUGUUAUGAAUAUGGCUGGUAACCAUUGUGUAUGUUAUUAAAGAUACAAAAUGUUGGGAAAAAACAAAAAACCAAAAAAAAAAAAUUUAAAACCACUGCCCUCCCUGCACUCUCACCCCAUCCCCCUAAUCUUUUUGCCCCUGCCCUCCUGGUCUGGACCUCCCUCAGCUCUCAGCCCAGGGAAGGGGAGAAAGCCAGGGGGUGGUAUAGCCCUGGGGAUCUGCUUCAGGUCCCCACCUCCUCUCCCAGUGCCGGGCUGGGUGGGGUGUCAGGUUUAUUUAUGUACCUCUUGCACACUCAUCAACCUAUGCAAGUCCCCCACCCCGGCCCCUCCUUGUUUCUGUGCCUUUGCUCAUUCCCCUCAAACUCCCAGGGCUUCUCCAGUUCCCCUCCCACUAGCCCAGGGAAGUGGGAUGGACAGGGGCCACCUCGUUUGGAAUCAGCAGGGUGUCCCUCUUAAAGGACCCUCACCUCUUCCCAGCCAGUCCUGUCUGGUUCACUAUCCAUCAGAGUGAGCUGGCUCUGCCUGGUACUAGGAGGUAGUGAGGGAUAUCCACACAUACAUACCCAUACAAUGGGAGGCAAGAGCUGCCCCCUCCCCCUACCUGACCAGAGUGUGCAGGACGCAGGCGGCCCCACUCUGAUGGGCAGGACCCUAAACCUAUCCAGUUCUAGCCCCUCCCUAGCCCCUCUGCCAUGAUUUCACCCUCCCUUUUCUCCCCAGCCCCACUGGCAGAAUCAGCUUUGAGUAACUGUACAGUUUUUCUCGCUGUUGGAGAUUUAUUUGUUUGAGUUUCACUUGUUUAAUGGUCUGGGCUUAUUUUGGAAAAAAAAAGCAACAACAAAAAAGUAUUCUGA